CACUGUAACAGUUGAAAUCCUCAUGCUGAAGUUUGGAGACGUUGAGGAGCAAGUUGGAGAAGACUUCUUUGCUUCGCCCUCAGGCUGAACAAAAGAAAGAAGAAGAAGUGAGGAGCCAAUAGGAGCCAAGCGUCCACCCAUAUGCCCUAUAAUUCAGAGUUUCCCAUACUAUGUCUCUGCCAUUACCUUCAGUGCUUCAGACGAGGGAGUUAGAGAACAACCAGCUCACUGAGGAUUUGCGUUCAAGGAAUCAUCCUAGACUACGUCUGUUGGUUUUGUUUGCCCAAGUCUGCCCUGGAAAUAUAAGUGGACGAUCGUUUUUUCCCCCCAAAAGGGAAACGACCCUACGAUGAGUGGACCGACCUAUGACAGGAAGAUACCUGGAAUUUCAACCGAUCUUUCAGGCUCCAUGAGUUGCCAUCCGACUUCUAAGGACUCUCCGACUCUUCCAGAGUCUUCGGCUACAGAUAUGGGUUAUUACAGCAGCCAGCACGAAUACUACCAGAGUCCUCCAUACCCUCAACAGAUGAAUUCAUAUCAUCAGUUUAAUCUGUCUGGGAUGGGGGCAUCAAUAGGACCUUUUCCCACCAAGACAGAAUAUCCGUACAGCAAUACUUACAGACAAUACGGACAUUACAACAGGGAUCUACAGACGCCACCCCAAAGUGCAGUCAAAGAGGAACCAGAGACUGAAGUUCGGAUGGUGAACGGAAAACCCAAGAAAAUCCGAAAGCCGCGCACCAUUUACUCGAGUUACCAGCUCGCCGCACUGCAGCGCCGCUUCCAGAAGGCGCAAUAUCUGGCGCUCCCGGAGAGAGCUGAACUGGCAGCACAGCUGGGGCUCACACAGACACAGGUGAAAAUCUGGUUCCAGAACCGGAGAUCCAAGUUCAAGAAGCUGUACAAGAACGGCGACGUUCCUCUGGACCACAGCCCGAACGCCAGCGACUCGAUGGCUUGCAACUCCCCUCCAUCCCCGGCCGUUUGGGACAAUAACGCGCACUCUAUCCAGGUCAACCGGGGUCAGAUCCCCCAGCCACCCCUCAGCUCCACAGCCCCCAACAUGGAAGAAUACAGCAAUCACUGGUACCAACAGGGAUCACAUUUACAGCAUCCAGUACACCACCUGGGACCUCCACAGAGCGUGGGGGCCGUGUAUUAACAGACACUGAUGAGAGUUUAAUAUAAGAGGGAAACGACUCCUCAAAAUAAGCUGAGAGAUACUCCUCGAGUAUCUGGAGUGAAACAGCACGCUUGUGUUGGCAUUUGGUUGACAGUUUAAACGCACGUUGAACGCAGAUCUGUCGAUAUUGACGAUUUGUGUUGCAAUAGCAGUAGUAUAUUUCCAAUGUUUCAAUGUGUCCCGGCUACUCAGACCUAUUUCAUGCACAUAGGUGUAGGUUCAACAAUGUAAAGGAAGAUAAGCGUGGUUUUAAAUUAUUAUAUUGUAUAUGGCUUCCUUUUAUUUUCAUGUUUUGUGAAUACAUAUAAAAAGAAUGUUGAAGUUAUCACCUAUCGCGCGCGUCAGAGACUCAGGACAUAAGUUAUAUUGUACAAAAUGUGGAAAGCUGUACAUAUGUGUUUAAAUAAAACAGAACCACUAAGUUCGUGUUCUUUCGAAAGAUAAAGACUGCACUGUGGUGCUUGAACCAUUUUAUAUUCCUGUAAGUAGUUUUAUUAUUAUUCUGUUACAUUGAAUAAAUGAUAAUUGAAAAUAAUUUCUUAUUUUAUACUCUUUGCUUUAUGCUGUCCAAAAUGAGACUAAGACAAACUGAUGGUCCACCUUGACCACAUUAGGUCAAUAUCAGAUUUGACUUUGUUGUGUUCAAGAUGAUUUAUGCUUUAAAUGAUUUAAACAUCUUUUAAAUGCUAUUGCAUUGGUUUGGAAAGGCUUAAAUCAGAUGUUAUUUUGGGAUGGUGCAUGCAUAAGCCUGGUAGGGCUGCGUGCAAAGAAGCUGUAGGAGGCGACAGGCGAGCAGACAUGUUGGAGUCACUGGAUUUUAUUAGUAUUCUGUUGGCAGAUAACAGGACUACAGCGAUGAGGGGGAUGACUACUGAAAUAAAGCCUCGAGCUAUGGGAUUGUCGGGCACUACAAGCAGACACAGCAAACAAAAGCAUCAGAGGAAGGCCUAAGCAAAACAAGAGGUUAACGGGUAGGCUAUAUGCAAAUUAUAGCAUGACGGUAUUCCAGAGCGUCAUUUAUCCUGUUCCUCGUGUUCCCGCAGUUUUGCUUUGUUUUCAAUAAAUAUGACAAGGAAUAAGUCGCACUGUAUUACAUUUCUGUCAUUUUUAUUAACAUAUCAAAGGUUUAACAGAUUAAUAGUUCCUUCAAACAUGAAUACGUAGCCUAUAGUUAGAAAUCAAAAUUUAAUUUAGGUUUGAUUUAUAUACAUUUUAUAAUGUAAUAAUGCUUGUUGGUGUUUUUGAUUCAUUUCACAAACAUUCAGAUGGGGAGCGUCCAUGUUUCC